AUGGGUCAGGUUAGGAGGGACCACGGGUUCAUCUGCAGCCCGGCUGCCUACCGGCUGACCCCUGAGGAGGUGGUUCGGAUGCGCAAUGAGCUCUUCACCAAAGAGAAGGAGAGACAGUUGUCUCUCCACCCACGGAUUGAGAAAAUAGAAGUGAAAUACACUGGGAAGUCACACCCUGGCACUGUGUUUGUGAUGAACAAAGCUCUGUCCACGCCGUACAACUGUGCCAUGCAUUUAAGUGAAUGGCAUUGCAAGAAAUCAGUUCUGGCUCUUGUGGAUGGGGAAGUGUGGGAUAUGUACAGGCCCUUGACCAAAUCAUGUGAAAUUCAGUUCCUUACCUUCAAAGAUGAAGAUCCAGAGGAAGUAAACAAGGCCUAUUGGCGUUCCUGUGCCAUGAUCAUGGCAUGUGUGCUAAAGAGGGCGUUCAAGGAUGAGUACUCAGUCACCCUGGUUAGAGCUCCAGAAGUGCCAGUGAUCUCUGGAGCUUUCUGUUGUGACGUACUUCUGGACAAUAGACUGAAUGAUUGGAAACCAACAGAUGAUAACUUCCGUUCUCUUACAAGAGAUGCCGUGAAGCUAAUCCACCAAGACCUGCCCUUUGAAACACUGCAAGUUGAGGCAAAAGUAGCACAUGAAAUGUUUCAGCAUAACAGGUACAAAGUGGAGAUGAUAGAAAGAAAAGCUUCUCAAAAUGUGGAAGGAAUUGUAACAUUACACAGGUUUGGUGACUUCGUAGAUGUUAGUGAAGGACCUUGUAUACCAAGGACAGGUUUCUGUUUCCAGUAUGCGAUAACAGCAGCCCAUAAUCUUCAGACUGAGCAAUCAGAAUUGAUAAAAAGGUUCCAGGGUGUGUCCCUGCCAAUCCAUUUGAAGGCUCACCACAUUGUGUGGCACAAACUGCUGGAGAGGUCGAAGAGGCUGGUCACUGAAGAAAAGUAUUUGGAAGCAGCAGCCGAGCAUCUUGAGGCAAAAGAUGGAACUGAAGAAGAAAAAACUGUAUCAGUUUAAAUUAACUUGAACCUCUAAAUGUACAUAAUAAAAUAG